CAACCAUGCAACAACCACGUCUAACCUCAUUUAUCGACGAUGUAACGUCGCAUCUCAGGAGUUGUUAUCGCAGUGUCCGAAAAAAGCCUGAAGCAACAUCAUCAUCGUCAUCAACAUCAUCGUCAUCAUCGUCAUUAAAAACGAAACGAGCAACGUGAACAAGAACAGCGAGACGGAGGAGAGGACGAGUCACGUGAUCGGGAUCGUGAAGGUAUAACCGAGAGAUGGCGCCACUGACGGAUCAAGCGAGACUGGCGUCGUACGCAAAUCGAAGGCAAAUUUUCCGAUAUGAGACCGAGUGAAUAAGAAACGAACGACGAUCUCAUCACUGUGGUUUGUUAUUUACUAACGUUGGCGGUCUAUUAAGCGCAGCUCGCGGUGCGAGUAUGUUUUGAGUAACAGCUACUACUAGUAACACAGCAUUGUAUUUACCUGGAGAGAGCUCCUUACAAGGUAAUAACCAAAAUGGCGUCCCGUGAAAACUGUGAAGGUUCUGUGAAAUCUCCUGCCACAGAUAAAAUAGAUGCAACUGAAAAUGAAUCACGAUCGAAAGAUGAUGAGAAAAAAUCAUCAGUCAACCAGCACGAUGAACCGAACAAUGACAUUACGGAUACAGAAGAAAAGAAAAGUUUAACAUUGGAUACAAGCAAUGAAUGUGCAAAGAUACAGGAAAAGGAUGCUGACAAUGUAAAGAGCGAAAGCAAACAUGAUCCAAACUCGCUGGUAACUGUUAAGAAACAAUUAGACAGUAGUGAGGCAGAUAAGAAGCAAAAGGCACAAAAUGUGGAUAAAAAGCAGGAGACAUCAAAUGCAGAUUCUCAAAAGACGAAUGAAGAGAAGGAUAUUAAAACUGAAGAUGAUAAAGAGUCUGUGGCAAAAAUAGGAUCUACCUUAAAACGAAAGCGCAAAUCUUUAAGUGUUUUGACGGCAACGGAAUCUUUUGUUGAGGAGAGCACUAGGAGCAAGAGGAAGAAAUUAAAGAACACAAGCGACCAAUUCUGUUGGCGGUGUCAUAAAGAAAACGUCGAUGCUCAUUGCACCGCUUGCCCUCGCUCAUGGCAUCGCAAAUGUAUAGGUGGCAUGCCAUCUUCCUUGGAGAAAUGGAUAUGCGGGGAAUGUGCGACCAUCUUGAAAGCCGAGAAUGCUGAGACGCGUUCCUUAGCUAUGGCACAAUUGUCCGUGGAUCAAUUAUGCAUGUUACUUAAGCACGUGGUUGAGAGAUUGCGCGAUUAUCCUGGUUCUGAACCAUUCUCCAAACCUGUGGACCUUGCAGAAGUGCCAAAUUAUCUCGACUACGUUGUCAAGCCGAUGGAUUUGAGUCUCUUGGAAUCGAAUGUGCGAUCCAAGCUUUACGGCAGCACUGACGCGUUUAUGGCCGACGCGAAAUGGAUACAACACAAUUGCAUCGUGUUCAACACAUGUGGUGGUGUUUACGCGGAUACAUUGAAGUUGACAAACGCGGCGAAGCAGAUCAUCAAAGUGGCACGUCAAGAGGUCUCGGAGAUCGAAGCCUGUCCCGAUUGUUACGCGCACGGUCGAAACUUGCCGAGGCCCCAACCGUCAUGGUUCGUCGAGCCUUGCCGUCGACCGCAUCCUCUCGUAUGGGCCAAACUAAAGGGUUUCCCGUUCUGGCCGGCAAAGGCGAUGCCGCGCGUCAAUUCUCAGGGAUUUGUAGACGUACGUUUCUUCGGAGAACAUGAUCGCGCCUGGGUGCCACCGAAGGAUCUUUAUUUAUAUUCCGAAGAGCCACCAGCGCCGUCUCCACGUAAACGAAAGUCCGACAUGGAUGAAUGCGUGCGUGAAAUCACUCGACACUGUAGAAAACUCGCGCUUAUGUACGGGCAAUUUAAGUUUGCACCACCCAAAGUACAGUACAAUCCGAACGAUCCGAUGCAGAUAAAACUAAUGCUACCGAAUUACAAUCCGCUUGAACCCAACAAUUAUUUUUCCAAUUCCGAACUCUCCGUGACUCCGAAGAAAAAGACGCCUUUGAGAAAACGAAAUCUCUCGAUUAAAGGAAAAUCGCAGAAUGACGAGUCGAACGAUAACAGCGAAAUAAAUGCUAGUUCGAAAGAAAACGAUGAUAAAGACGAAAAGGCGAGCGAAGCUACGACACCAAAAGUACAAAAAUCAGAUAUCAUUGAUGUUAAGGAUACUCCGAACUCGCAAACGAAUUUAGAUGAUAGUAAAUCAAAAAAGAAAAUCCAAGUUGAAACAGUUGCUCAAAAUAGAAUGGUAAAAAAUGAGAAAUCGAAAAAUGCAAAGGCAUUACUAACACGAUUGAAUAAUUUGGUUACGAAUAAUGUCGCUGGAAGUAGCAAUGCGACAACUUCUAACGUUAAUAAACAUAUUUCGGAGAAAAAUAGUUCAAAAUCGAAGGACGAACCAAAAUCAUCCGAAAAUUCGCCUAAGCCUAUGACACCGCCGACCAAUGAAUUAUCCAACACAACGCGAACGCAAAAGAGAAGCCUCUUGAAAAAUAUCAUCAAUCCCAAGUUGGCGCUCUCGCAAACGGAAAACUCAUCCAAGAGCAUCGCGAAGAGCAGUAAAGUGUACAAACCGAAGACAAGAAUGGUUGACAAACUGAACGCAGAGAAAGCGUUGAAGUCUAUUUUGGCGAGCAAGGAAAACGAGAAACUGUCAUCGUCGAAUUCGCCGAGCGCGAUAAUAAACAAGGCAUCGCUAUUAAACAACAAGGAGUUGUCCGGCGUUCAAAAGAUACCCGAGAUCGACAUAACGCUAUCACCGACUUCAAUGGCGUCGAGUACAAAAGUUACUCACACUAUUUCAUCGUCAUCAUCAACAAACGUGCUCAAUCCCGUAGCAGAUAAAUCCGUUGUACUCUUUGUGGUGAAUAACGGAAAGACAGAAGGUUCAAAACAAGCCUUAUCGACAGUCGACUAUCAAGGCAACAAGGAUGUACUUUCCGUGACAAAAGAACACACCUCCUUCGUAAAGAAGGAGAGCAAAGCUAAGAAGACCUUUCCUAGCAAAUCACGUAAUCCACAAAAUACGUCUCCACGCCCAUUGUUCAAUACAGACGAGUUUUCCCCGAAUAAGCAAGAAACAUCCUCCACUUAUCAACUACCGCCUCCGCAGGCUGGACCGAUCAGCGCGCGUUUGCAUCAAAAUGCGAACGAGCUUGCGAGAAGAAUGGGCCAGCUGAUGGAAGAAGCAUAUAAGGAAGCAGCUCAAACCUAUAUUAACGGUGAGAACGGCACUGCCGAAAACUGUCAGGCGAUAUUCUUCCUGAAGAUGCAAAUGGAACACAUGAAAUGGAAGCAUCAGCAACAGCUGGCCGAAUUGAAACAUAACACUGAUCGUACCAUGUGCGAGAUGCGUGCGAGUCUAGAGGCGGAGAAGUUGCGUUUGCUCGAGGAAGCUCGCAAAGAGGCCGAAGAGGAAAAGAUUCGAUGCAUCGAAGAGACCAAGCGAAAGCAAUGGUGCACCAAAUGCGGACGGGAAGCGAGAUUUUACUGUUGCUGGAACACGGCUUAUUGCGAUUACCCAUGUCAACAGUCACAUUGGCCGAUUCACAUGCGAACGUGUUCCCAGCAGCCUACGUAUACCAACCUCGCCAAUUCGGGUGCAAAUUCGAGCGCGCAGCAGCAGCGUUUUUUACUUUUCAGAGCAGUAAGACCAUAACGCACGACCCUGCGGGCAGGGUAUAUGCUUUACCACCCAGCAAAUUGAGCGGGAUUCCGUCAUCGUGGCCUGCUUCAUCCCUUAAAAAUAAAGCUAAUCAGGAUAUACUCUAGGCAAAUCACAAUUUGUUUGUGAUCGAUAACCGAUUCGGUAAUAUAGGAUAAAGAAAGUUUUCGUUUUACAUCGCAGUUAAAUAAAUAAUGUUGCAUGCAACGUUACAAACACCAGCAAAUUUUGAUACAAAAAUUACAUUAAAACGUUUAUUCUUUAUAAUCCGAGAUUACGCAAUGGACAUAUAUGUAGUUCAUCUCUCUUCUUGAAAAAGAUAUUUUCAAUUUCUGCAAAUGUAAAUAAUUGUAAUGAUUGAUAUCGUGCAAUUUUGACAUCAUCAAUACUCUUGAUACAUUAAGUUACAAAAAAAGACUUGAAUAUAAUGUUACACAUUUCAUUAAUGUUUUGUAAUAAACUUACGCUACUUCUUUAAUUUAAUUCGUUAGUAUUAAAUAAUAUUUAAUUAGAUAGUUACUAUAGAAAAUGUAAAAGAUGUAGCGAUUACACAGAAUGAUAAUAUAAGUAAGAAAAUGUCGAGUAUCCUUUAGAAACAUAGGCUGACUUGUUGCGACAUAAGUAAUUAUACAUGUUUGAUAGUUUAAGCAUUAAUAUAUAAUAAUAAUUCAUUCAUAUUGAAAUUUAAAAACUUUAAUCAUACGAAUAGUUAUGUGUUUCACAUAACACAUUUUCGUUCCUUUGUUUUUCUACAUGUAUUCGAAACACAGAAUAAGAGAUGAAGAUUAUUUUUUCAACUUCGUAAUGCAUAAAACGCAUCUUUGUCAUGAAAUGAAUCAAUAUUCUCUCGUGUGUAUGUGUAUAAAGUAUAAUGAGCAAUUAUAAAAAAAAAAUUAUUUUGUUCGUUAACAUUGGACGCGUGUGGAUUUAUAGAUCCAAAUAAUUUCAUAAAUCUCUAUUUGAAAAUUUCUCACAACGCGUUUAUUAAUAAAAUUAUUAAGCAAAGA